GUUAACAAGACCGGUGACGAUGAGCUAGCGCCUAGCAGCAAGUCAGACAGAGCCGGCGCCGGUGAUCUCAUCACGAUAUAUACAGAGCAAAGCUAAGCUUCACCUCAGACUACCACACGCAGCUAAGAUCACCGUGCCAUCCCGUCGCGGCAGCAGAGCACGAGACGCGCCUUCUCCGAUCGCAUGGCCGGCCUCGUGUCCCGGCCGCGCCGGAGCGUGCAGAUGUACUGGGCGCGGAGGAACUACCAGCGCCUCGGCGGCGGCGGCUCGCCGUCGCGGCGCAGCCUCAGGGUGGCCCGCCUCGGCGGCGCGGCCGGGAGCAGGACGCGGACGACGCCAGCAGGCGCCGUGCAGCGGCGUCUGCGGUGGCUGGCCGGCGUGGCCAGGCUGCGCGCGGCCGCGCUGCUGUCGCCGGUGCGCCUGCUCGCGAGGCUGCGGGACGCGUACGUCGACGCGAUGCUGGCGCUGGCCGGGGGCGCCGGGCGGCCGUGCGCGGCGCUGGCGACGAAGCCCCGGGAGCAGGGCGAGCUGUGGGCGAAGCGGGUGCCCCGGGCGCGGUCGACCGGCGGCGGCGACUUCGAGCGGCGGAUGAUGGCGCACAUCUACAGCGCGCUCGUCACGCCGGAGCUGCCCGGCGCCGCGCACGGCACGGCCUAAUUAAAUCUUGGGCAUGUCAGGGUCAAUAAUUUCCUCGUGUUUCAUCGUUCUGCGUCCACUGUUGUUGAGGUAGUGGCACAAGUGUGCAUUUGUACCGUGAAUUCACGAUUUUACGUUCUCUUAACCACAGGGUAUGCAUAUGGAUUUUGCAGUGAUACAGUUUACUUGCUGUAACACUCAAAAUUUGCCUGCUCUUGAGAAGUUGUGAUUGACAGCAGACCUCUCCUCUCACCCAGAUCAAUAGUUAACUAGGGCUCAUUCUGAAC